CUGUCACGUCCCUUGCUCUAGGAGAACUGCGGGGCCCCGUGGGAGGCCACAGCCUCCCCGCAAAACGCGGCCUUUCCUGACGUAACUCUGAGGUGAUUUCUCUCCUCUUUUUUCUCUCCACCAGCGGCUUGCGGGCUCCGAGCGCUUCUGCGCGUGCGCCGGGCUCGGCGCUCACCGAGCAUGCCCCGGGCCCCCACGUAGCCGCUUGUGCCUUCACAGUGCGCAUGCUCCUUGCCCGCACUUGGCCUCGCCCUCGCUACUGCGCACGCUCCGUCCCUCACUGGGCUUCCCUCGCCCGGUCAGGUGCCCCUGGGGGUGGGCGCCGCCGGUCUCGCUCGGCGCGCGCCCUGCACGAACGGUCGGGAUGCCUCCGGCCAGGGCGCGUGCUCGCCUCCCGGGCAGAGGUGGGGACCGGCCGGUGUGCGCGGGAGCUGGGGGCGGUGGGAUCCCCCACCUGCUGCCACUCGACCCCGCCUGGCGGCCGCCGGCGCAAACGACCAAUAACCGGAGUUAACUGGGCUUUCCCGCCCCGCCUCCUGGCCGGUCCUCCGCCGGACCCCGGGACUCGAGUGCGCCCCUUUUCCUCCAGAUCACUGGGAGACCUGCUGCUUUGGCUCCACGCCCGCCGCAGAGCACAGCGCCUCCGUGGACGCAGCUUUCCUGCUGGGCUCUGGGUGGUUCCCCACUUGGGAAAGUCCGAGAUCUGCGGCCAGAGGCGGUGGGGAGGGCGGUCCAGACCCGGGGAUCUGCAGACCCCGGCCCAGAGGCUCCCGCUGGCUGGCCGGAGGCCCCGUGGUCUUGUCAUGGGUUCUCACCGCCCAGACCACUGCAAAGAUCGUGGCUUUGAGCAUGGGGGAGCCCUCGGUCGCGGCCCUGCGCCCCGGCUGCUGUGCACUCCAGCCACAGGGCUGCGUGGCUUUGGAGAAGGCCACUCAGCAGCACGUGUGGAGUGGGGGGAUCAUAGAGACAGGGUCUCCUGCGGGAUUCCCCGACAGUGGGAGAUGGGGGAGAUGGUAGACCCCGCACAGCGUGGCAGCCUGGGGUGUUUUAGUGCAAGAGCUCACAGCGCUGCUCACCUCUGGCAUCCGAGGGUGUCAGGGUAUUACAGCAUAGUCCAGUGAUUGUUCAUAACGAUGACCCUGAGUCAUCAGUAAGAGAGCCUGCAUUAGGUUCUGCGUACCUUGUGUGAGAAGGCAAGAAAGUGGGUUAAUCCAUUUAGAAAGAUUUCUCCUUGACAAUUGUAUUUAAAAACUUUUUCCCUCUGAUGCUUGGAGUAAAUCCCUCAUCUGCCUCUAAUGACUAAUAGUCCUUACGUUUGAAUUUAAAUGUCCCUAAAUAGUGGUGUUAAAAAGAAAGUAGAAAUUUGGGGCAUUGGUUUACUUAAAAGUAACUUGAUGUUUAAUUCAUUUUUCCUUUUAACAGUAUUUAUUGAAUGUAUAGUGUGCUUCAUUCUGUGGAUGUAAAAGUUGAAAAGGAUCUUGCCCUGAGGAACUUACAGGCGGUUUAUGGCAGGAGAUAUUAGGUGUGUGAGGAACGAGGGCUGAGUCCUGGAGGGCAUCUCUGGAUGAGGAGGAGAUGACGAGGACAGUUGUAGUGGGUGCCAGAGCCAAGGGGGAUGUGGAGAGCGGAUUCCAGAGCUGUUUGUGAGGUUUGACAGGUUGUGGUGACUGGCUGGAAAGGAAAGAAAAGAGGUUUCUGGUUUGGGAGACUGGUGUUGGCAAGACCCCAAACUAAAUAGGGAAUAUGUGAGGACAGGCAGAUGUGGGGGCCAGGACGAGGGGCGUGGGUCAUAACACCAUCCUGCACAUGUGGAUAUGCUGUGAUGGAAGUGUUCAUUGCACACCUGAGAGGCUGGAGUCCCAACGAAGAAGUCUGAGCAGAGAUAUAGAUUUGGGAGUCAUCAUCCAGAAGUCGUUAAAGCCCCAAGAGCUCGUAGAAAAAGCAAAGGAAGCGGCCACGUGCUGAGCUCUGGAACAGUCGCUGGAACGAUAAAGGAAACAGCAUGAAAUAGAAACAGCUCAGGCAGAGUUUGGGAAGAUAUUUGUGUGCAAGGAUCCAAGUGAUAAGCCCAAGCAAUGGAGGGAUUACUGCAUUACAUCAACCCAGCACACGCCAUUUCUCUCCUGAGUGCCCUCAACGAGGAGCGCCUCAAAGGACAGCUGUGUGACGUGCUUUUGAUCGUUGGAGACCAGAAAUUUCGAGCUCAUAAAAAUGUCUUGGCUGCCAGCAGUGAAUACUUUCAGAGUUUAUUCACAAAUAGGGAGAAUGAGUCACAAACUGUAUUUCAGCUUGACUUUUGUGAACCAGAUGCUUUUGAUAAUGUUUUGAACUACAUUUAUUCUUCAUCUUUAUUUGUCGAGAAAAGCAGCCUUGCUGCUGUGCAAGAACUAGGCUACAGCCUUGGGAUUUCCUUUCUGACUAACAUCGUUUCUAAAACACCUCAAGCCCCCUUUCCAACGUGUCCCAACAGAAAAAAAGUGUUCCUAGAAGAUGAUGAAAACAGUUCUCAAAAGAGAAGUGUCAUUGUUUGUCAAAGUAGAAACGAAGCACAAGGAAAAACUAUUGGUCAGAAUCCAUCUGAUCCAAGCCAUACCUCCUGGCCCGCACCUAACCUUGCCGUCAAGACCAACACCAGUAAGCCACAUGUUUCCAAACCAGUUGAACCCCUUCACAAUUUGUCCUUAACGGAAAAGAGUUGGCCGAAAGAUAGUUCUGUGGGAUAUGCAAAGUCUCUUGAGCACUCUGGUGCUCCUAAUGAUGAUCCUAAUAGAAGCAGUUUGGUGAAAAGGAACGCGGUGCUGCCUUCAAAGCCCCUGCAAGACAGAGAGGCGGUGGAUGACAAACCAGGGGUGAGUGGUCAGCUUCCCAGAGGAAAAGCCAUAGAGCUGGCUUUGAAAAGACCACGGCCACCUGUUUUGUCUCUUCAAAGCUCAUCAGAGACUCCCUAUCUAUUGAAAGAAAUGAACAAAGGAAGUGGUCCAGGCGAAGAUAGAAACUUGUUGUACUAUUCAAAGUUGGGGUUAGUGAUCCCCUCCAGUGGAUCUGGUUCUGGAAACCAAAGCAUCGACAGAAGCGGCCCUCUUGUUAAGAGUCUCCUCAGGCGGUCAUUGUCGAUGGACAGCCAGGUUCCUGUCUACUCACCCUCAAUAGAUUUGAAAUCUUCCCAGGGCUCAUCUUCAGUGUCAAGCGAUGCACCAGGGAAUGUGUUUUGUGCUUUAUCUCAAAAGUCAUCUUUAAAAGAUUGUAGUGAAAAAUCAGCCCUCGAUGACCGGACCCCAGUCCCACAGCCACACCGCCUCAGGUCCUUCAGUGCCUCUCAGUCGACAGAGAGGGAGGGUGCCCCGCCUGUCACCGAGGUUCGGAUCAAGACGGAGCCCCGCAGCCCGCUGUCAGAUCCCUCCGACAUCAUCCGAGUCACCGUGGGAGACGCCGCGGCGGCAUCCUCCGUUACGAGAGACCUUUCUCUGAAAACGGAAGACGACCAAAAAGACAUGAGCAGGCUCCCAGCAAAAAGGAGGUUCCAGGCAGACCGAAGACUGCCGUUUAAGAAGCUCAAAGUGGAUGAGCACGGGUCUCCCGUAUCAGAAGACAAUUGUGAGGAGGGCUCAAGCCCCACUCUCCUCAAUGCAGAUUUUCCAGAUUCUGACUUGAAUAAAGAUGAAUUUGGUGAGUUUGAGGGAACAAGACCAAACAAAAAAUUUAAAUGCAAACAUUGCCUUAAGAUCUUUAGAUCAACAGCAGGUCUUCACCGUCACAUUAACAUGUACCAUAACCCAGAAAAGCCCUAUGCUUGUGACAUCUGUCACAAGCGGUUUCACACCAACUUCAAAGUGUGGACACACUGUCAGACCCAGCACGGCAUAGUGAAGAACCCGUCACCAGCCUCUAGUUCACAUGCCGUUUUGGAUGAAAAGUUCCAAAGAAAGCUGAUUGACAUAGUGAGAGAGAGAGAGAUUAAGAAAGCCCUCAUCAUUAAGUUAAGGCGCAGCAAGCCUGGCUUUCAGGGACAGAGUAGUUCCCCAGCACAAGCCAUCAAGCGGAACCUGAGGUCGCGAGCCAAAGGAGCGUACAUUUGUACUUACUGUGGAAAAGCCUAUCGUUUUCUCUCGCAGUUCAAACAGCACGUAAAAAUGCACCCGGGAGAAAAACCCAUUGGAGUCAAUAAAGUUGCUAAGCCAAAAGAGCACGUUCCUCUUGCAAGUCCAGUAGAAAACAAGGAGGUUUACCAGUGCCGCCUCUGUAACGCUGAGCUCUCUUCUCUUCUAGAACAAGGCAACCACGAGCGAUUAUGCCGCAACGCCACCGUUUGCCCUUACUGCAGCCUUAGGUUUUUCUCGCCCGAGCUGAAGCACGAGCACGAGAGCAAGUGUGAGUACAAGAAGCUGACGUGCCUGGAGUGCAUGCGCACCUUCAAGUCCUCCUUCAGCAUCUGGCGGCACCAAGUCGAAGUCCACAAUCAGAACACCAUGGCACCGGCCGAAAACUUCUCUUUACCCAUCCUGGACCACAAUGGUGAAGUCACUGGUUCUUCCAGGCCCCAGGCCCAGCCCGAGCCUCACAAAACAAACCACAUGGUCACGGCAAAAGACGACAGUGUCUUCAGUGAUUGUUCCGAGCAAGUGAACUUCGAUUCGGAAGAUUCCUCCUGUCUCCCUGAAGACCUUAGCCUUUCGAAGCAACUGAAAAUCCAGGUCAAAGAGGAGCCCGUAGAGGAGGCUGAGGAAGAGGCACCUGAGGCCAGCGCAGCCCCCAAAGAAGCAGGUUCCAGCAAGGACCCCGGCCUGUGGCCCUGUGAGAAAUGUGGCAAGACGUUCACAGCGCACAAGCAGCUGGAGCGGCACCAGGAGCUUCUGUGUUCCGUGAAACCCUUUAUCUGUCACGUUUGCAACAAAGCUUUCCGCACCAAUUUCCGGCUGUGGAGUCACUUCCAGUCCCACACACAUAUGUCUCAGGCCUCAGAGGACUCGCAUAAAGAAUCGGAAGUGUGCCCUGUUCCCACAAACUCGCCGUCGCCGCCGCCUCUGCCCCCGCCACCACCGCUGCCCAAGAUCCAGCCCCUGGAGCCUGACAGUCCAACGGGCCUGUCAGAGAGCCCGGCCCCCGCCUCGGAGAAGCUGUUCGCACCCCAGGAAUCAGACACGCUGUUUUACCAUGCCCCACCCCUGUCGGCCAUCACCUUUAAAAGACAGUUCAUGUGUAAGCUCUGCCAUAGGACCUUCAAGACUGCCUUCAGUCUUUGGAGUCACGAACAAACCCACAAUUAAGACCGCCCCUUUUCACCUGUUAUGAAAGGGGAGACGGCCUCCAGAUUGCAACCUGAAUUGUGAAACGUGUCAUAAGAAACAAAAUAUUUUUUAAAAAUAAUAAAGGUUGGAAAUUGUGCUUGAAUAUAAGUUUGAGGUAAUCUGAUAUUAAUUAGUAAUGUCCUUACUCAACUUAGAAAAACUCUAAGAAAUAUUGUGCUUCUGGACCUUAUCAUCACAGGAUGGUUUGACUUCAUUGCUGUUGGCAUUUGGUUGACCUUGGUUGUUUGCAUGGUUCCUCAUCCACGGUGUCAGUAUAAUCUUUCAAGUGAGGUUGUUUUGGUUUUUUACUGAUUUGCAAUUAGUGAAAUACUAUUCAAGUAUUUCUUCUUUUGAUUAUAUCAGACACCUAAGUUCUAGUUAAAUCUUAGCCAUGUUCUUAAGUCCCAAAUGUAUCAGGAAGAAGUGGAGUAGUUUGCAGUAUUGAUUUAGAUCUUAGAAUACUUUUUAGCAAUAAAAAAAAUGAUAAACCUCAACUUUCAUAAGUUAUCCUGACACUUGAUAAAAAUAAAUAUUUGGUAUUUUGUGGUCACGUAGAACUUUUUUUUGUAUGAAAAUUGUGAGAAAUUUAAAUCAGCAAUAGUAAUACGUAAAUUUUUAUAAAAUAACUUGCUCUUGGGUCAUUUAAUAUAAUUAAUGGUGGAAGACUUGGGAAAUGAAAAGAUUAAGAUUUCCGGAAGGCCUCCUGGUCAGUUUACAAAAGCUUCAGUGGCCACAGGCAUUGUGAUCAAAACCACUGGUUGUGCUGUGUGUACCCGUCACGGUUCUAAACUCAGACCAGCGUUCGAAAGGCUGCACACGUGUGAUAUCCUCUGAUUUAUGCUGUCACAAAUUGAAAAUCUGAGUGUAUUUGGGACAAAGAACAAAGAUAACACACAGCACUUGUUUCUAAUUUAACAACAUUAGUGUAACAAAUAAGGUCGGACAUAUAUUUACAUAGCCCCCAGACCCGUGGAGUCAGUCGAGCAGUUCUCGGUUCCAAAUUACUGCUGACUUGAGGAACUUGAAGCAGAGGGAGAAACACCGCACUGCAGUCUCCACAGGCUGUUCCAGAGUAAUAGAUAGAAUACACAAUUUCCUGCCUCCCUGUCUUGUGAUGGUUUCCGUUAGCAUUUGUUAGAGUUUAUCAUGGUAAAACAUCUGUAGUGAAGCCAUUCUGCUUUUAAGUCACAGCUUAAUAUUUCAUAAAUAUGUGUUAAAGUGCUGACGGGUCCAAAAUUAGUUUCUGCUACUUAUUUUGGUCCGUAGGGUUUGGGCUUCUUUUUCUUUCCUAUUCUGUGGAUUGUCAUUAGAAGCCUUUCAGUAGGUGUUAUCCAAAGUCCAAUGGGGGUGUUCAAAAGGCAAAAUUUUUAUUUUACUUGGAGGGGGUAGAUAUAUAAGAGUAGAAAUGUUAUUGAAACUACAAAAUCCUCUUAAGGUAGUGAUAUGGAUUAAGACUCCAGGUUUAUUCAUUAUUUUUACAAGCUAUCUGUCAAAAAUCAACUGUGACUAAAAAAUAAUUUGCUGAGUACUUAAAUUUGUGCUCUAGCAGAAAAUAGCUCUGUACUCAUCAGUCUCAUUACCCACAUUCCAUACCAGUAGUAGGAAAGAUAUUCUUUUUAUUGAAACCCAAGGAUUUUUGUAAAAUACUAAUUGACUUUGUACAUCAUAGAAAUUUUGCCCUUUCCUUCAUUUGAAAACUAUUAAAAGUCCCAAAAUAUUUAAGUGGUUACUUCAUAUUUUUCUUACUUAAAUUUGAUGGAGAGAGGAAAAUAAGAUUACGUUGCAGUUACUGAUUAUUGCCGUCUUUAUAUUUUCUUGAAGAAAUCUAUGCAUUUUAAAGACAAAACUAAAGCAUAUGAUCUUACGUGAAACAUAAGGAUGGAUUGUUGUUCACUGAAUUCAUUCCCUGUGUAAGGUGGUAUUUCUUACUCUGACCAACCUUGGUAGCUGUCACUUCUUCAAAAUAGACAGUUUCCCUCAGAGAGUAUCUAAUAAUUCCGUGAUGCACAGUAUCUUGGCAUUGUAAAUCCAGUAUCCCAGGACUUGAACCUUUAUGCUACAUUUUUGAAGAUUUUUUAAUAAUGUUAAUUAGAAAAAAAUAUUUUUGACCUAAAUAUAGGCUCUGCAUAUCUGUUAGAUUUUAAAAAUUUUGCCAGUGUUUUGUCUUGUUCAUUCACAUUUUGUCUAGGCAAGGAACAUAAGAUUUCAAAUAAAAUUUUGAACCAAAAACAUUUAUAAUGCAGUUCUGGUUUUUCUAUUACUUUUUAUACUGUACCUGAAAAGCAUUAGGCUGGAAGAGUUUAUUUUGGUGGUCAAAAAAUAAAAUAUGCUUCCACUCCUGUAACUAUUUUAAGUGUUAAGUAAAAUAAUGAAAGACACCUUAAUUGCUUUAUUCAGCAAACAGUUUUUUUAACAACGUUUUUCUCAGCCAGUAGGCAAGUUGUUGCAACUUUCAUUGUUGCAACUCUUUAGCUAGUAAAGAUAUUCUUGUAAAUGUUUUUUCUGAUUGUAAUUGAUUUUUGAAAAGGUAGAAAGCUCAUUAUUCCUUGUAAGUAUUCAGGAUGCCUGCUUUUAUGCAGUUGUGGAAAGAAUGUAAGAUGUUUUAAUAUAUUCUUUGCUAAUCUGAGAAGUUUCUAUUGAAUCAUUUUCUUCAAGUGGGGGAGGGAGGGAGGAACACCAUAAAAUGUGUUUUUAUCAAAGUAAGCAAUGGAGGUAACUGCAUUUUUUUAUAGUAAUAUUUCAAGAUUAAUAGAAUAUUCACCUUCAAAACUAGUUACAGUUAGUAUGCAUUUAUAAUUCUAUCAAAAUAUACAGCUAACAAUUCAACAAUGAUGUUAUUUGCAUUUGUGGGGAGAUGUACGUGGUACUUGGUUUUCUGUUUUGGAAUGGAUCGUAACAGCCUCUUUUUAGACAUAUGCCCCAGCACUUAAUCGGUGGUAAUGUAAUCCACACAACAGCCGUUGAUGCUGAGUGUAGAAACAGAGACAAGAAUAAAAAUGUGCCCUUUCGUGGAAGUGGGGGGGUGUCUCCAUCUACAGGCCAACUGGACAGUCAGGGUGAGUGAGAGACAGGAGAAUUAACUACUCUAAAGUCGGCCUUUGUUCCCACAAGUUGUGUGUGUGUGUGUGUGUGUACAACCAUAAUCUGGAACUUUAGGUAGUAAAAUUAUUUGAAUUUUCUUACUACAAAAAUAAUUAGAUGUCAUUCAUAACAGGUUUCUUUAUAAAUUGCACUAAUUAAUAUUGGAAUAUUGUAAGUCAGUUUUUCUAUUUCUGAUGUUUCAUUGAUGUUUUUUGCAAUAAUUGUGAAAAGCAUUAUUGAUUUAAAUAAUGCUAACAUAUUCUUUAAUAAGUUCUUUAACACUGGCUUUUUUUUAAGUUGUAAAAAUAGGUCUUUCUCUUGUGGCUUUAGCACUUUGAGAAGUUUGAUGUUUGCAUACUUUUUAAUAUGCUCGUUCUGUGCUUCCCAGUGUGUUCUCUAGUGUGUGGUAUUUCCACGGGACUGGGGAGAAAACCAAGCAGUCCACGUCUAGAUUCUGGAGGAGAAAAAAAUAAGUUCAUGUCAGAUUUUCUAAAAAUUCCUUUUAGAGACAAUUGUUUGGGAACCAAAGGAUUUUACUGUAAAUCUUUAAAAUAAUUGAAUUCACUGCUCUUUAGUCAUUAGUGCUGUCCAGAUUUUCCACAAAGUUAUACUUGGUUAAUAUUAAUUUUCAAAAGGUGAUAAUUUCUUAAUGACAUUAAUCCAAGACUGUUUCAAAAGUUUCAUUGAAUAAAUACUUAUUGUUAAAAACAAAUGUGGUUUUAUAACUCUGUAUAUUUUGUUGACAUAUGCCUUAGCAGAGUAAAUCAUUGUUCAAUUUUAUUUAGAAAUAAGCUUUUUUGGACUGAAAAUUCGUAGUAAAAUAGGAUUUCUAUCUAAUGUUAAUCCAUUGCUUAUUUGUAUCCAAUUCUAUUGUCUGUUUACUUUGCUUAAAUCAACUAGGAAUGAUUGGAGUCAAUAAAUUUGUACUGUAUUUUGUUCUGA